CCUCCCGGACGAUACUAGCCGGACGCUGUACUCGAACUCAUUCUCUUUCGUCGUCUGCUGCCGAUAUUAUAAGAUACCUACCGCCUUGCUUCGCUGCACCCCCCAACCCUCUAGCACCGUCUUUGUUACAACCCUGGAUUUUUAGACCAUGAACGCGUGAAUUUGCUUACACCUGUUUGAUUGAGCCGAAACAAACAAAAAGAAAAAGUACCGAAAAUUUGGGAAUUUGGACUUAGCUAGUCGUUAAAAAAAAAGUUUAAAAAUAUUUAUAGACGCAGCUGUGCCAGAAUGACGUUGCUUCCGCUUCUGUUCACUACUGGACUGCUACUGCUGACGACGGCAACGACGGCCCGCGGGCAGUAUGAAGACAACAGCAAUAGUAACUCUUUACGAAAAAGCCACCACAGUAAUUUUUUCAUGGCGCUGGCCCCUUCUAACCAGAUGUACCACAAAAUGCAGCAACAGCAACAGCACAACAGGGUUGCUGAUCCAUUGGAGACGACCGAUGCGAAAAGCUCGAAAUCCGUCGGAGGGCCACCUGAUGACAACCAGUACAGAAUUCCUUGGAUUGAGAUGAUGCCCCGGCGCGAAUCCAGGAGCAGAAGAGUGAAAAAACUUCCUCCGCCAAACGGUGGACACGUUCAACCCAAGCCGAAGGCCAAGACUCAGAUCCCUGUAGACACACACCCUACAUCAAGAGAAGCUAGAGGACGAGACAACAAUCGCUACGAUGUACCCUUAAUUGAAUGUGCACCUUCUGAUGACGGUUUAGAAAGAUUCGCUUGUCCGACACCAGACCGAAUGGGACGCUACCGGUGUAUAGACGAUCACAUGUUAUGCGAUGGCUUCAUAGAUUGUGCAGCGGCAGAAGAUGAAGAUAGAAUGUCCUGCAUGUUUUACAAAACGACGAAAGCGCACUUGGAUGUUCUCGCUGACGCCUUGCUACGGUGGGCCCGUGGACGAUAUUGAACAACGGAAAGCCAAACUCCCAAUGGAAAAAGAGAACUCAAACCCACCCAAAGACAGCAUAAAAUUACCUAACGGUCCCUUUCUGAAAAACAACCUCCUGUCCCUUCCAAAAGGAAAAGAAAAAAAGAACCCGUCGAUUUUCAGAAGUUUCUUCUCUGUGGAACUAUCAUUCUAUUCUAAUCGUUAUCUCAUUUUGUUUACCUAUUAUACUAUUUAUUAUUCUAUUUACUGUUAAUUUAUCUCAUGAAGUUUCUACGAGAGGUGUGCUAACAGUUCCUAAUGACUUAUUUCGCUUAUUUUUGUAUUCAUUUGGUUUGAAAGCACAUACGAAAGUUUUUUCCAUAUUCUUAUGAAAUAUACGUUAGUAGCUUUACGAAAUCUAUGUUAUCUUAUUACUUUUUCUUGUAAAAGAAGAAUGAUGACGAUUCAGAACUCAAUGUUUCGCUCAAAAAUAUAUACAUAUAUAUAUUUUUCCCGAUUAACUUUCUCUGUAAAUGUGCUGUAACAGUCCUUUGUGUUCAUUAGAAUUUUUCCACUGUAAAUAUUGCGGAAAGGUGCUUGUAAAAUUCAAUAGAUGAUUUAUGAAAUAUUGUUGGAAAGAAGAAAUCAAUUGUUAUGUUGGCUCGAUCACAGGUGUUAAAAGAAACUGCAGAUAUAAGAUACGGUUACAGCUCAUUGACAAAGGAGUUGUUUUUGAAAUAUUCCAUCCCAAUCGUAUUAAAAUAAUGCAUGCCAAGGAAUAUAUGUAUGUAAGUUUUAUACUUCUUGUCCAUGAGUAUUAAUUCAAGAAUUUUCAGAUUUGAUUAAUGUUUUGUAUCUGUAUGCUUUUCGAAUGUUUAAAAACUCUGUAGCUCAUAAAAAUGGACUUUCUGGUAUAAUUCUAAUGUAUGGAAGCUUGCGAAAAAACGGUGGAAUUUAUUUCGUAAUAUUUGUAAACGUAUAUAUGAAUAUUUGUGUUAUCCCGUGUUUUAGCCAGCAUGAGUUUUAUGUAAGUGCUUGUUGGAAUAGCCAAUUGAUUUUCAGAUUUCCGGAUUAUUUAUUGGGCAUAUAAUUAUAUAAUUUUCUAACUAGUAAUUAGAGCUUACUUGUUUUAUUAAAAUCUUUAUGAAGUACAUGCACUGCAUACGUCGUUAAAUUGCCUGGCUUCGGAACCCAGAAUAUAACUCUUCUUUACACAGUAAUUAUUUUGUUAUUAAUUAAUUCAGCAUAAGAAGUAAAUAACUUUUCCUUUUCAUUUGGAAUAAAAUUUAGCUUCAAUAUACUCAGCUAAUGAAAUGUUAUUUACAUUAAUUUAUAUUUAAUAACAUCUGUAAUCCUAAACGGUUUAUUUGGCAUAAAACAAAAACAUUUAAGUGUUUAAGUUUAACGUUAAUUUAUGUUCAGAAUUACUUAUAAUUAUUAGAAUUGUGGCAAUGAUUAUGGUAAAUAAUACAAUUUUACUUAUCAAAAUCUAAACGAAAUAAAUUAAUUCUUUAAACGCCACUUU